UGGAUAUAACCCGCAGUUAACACCAUGUCAUUUUUUAGCUGCCGGUGGUUGGAUACAAUUACCGAAACUCCGGAUAUCUGAGCGGAGCGCAUCAUGGACACGGCGGAGGUAAUUGUCUCUCUCCUGGUAGUCCUGAUCAUUAUCGUGUCGUUGCUGUCCAACGUGCUGGUGCUGAUCUGCUUUCUGUAUAACCCGGAGAUACGGAAGCAAGUGCCGGGUUUAUUUACCCUCAACCUCACCUUCUGCAACUUGUUGCUAACUGUGUCUAACAUGCCACUGACUUUGGUGGGGCUUGUCAACAAGGUUCAGCCUGGCGGGGAAGGUUUCUGCCACAUAAUCGGAUUCUUGGACACCUUUUUAACCACAAAUUCCAUGCUCAGCAUGGCAGCGCUGAGCAUCGACAGGUGGAUCGCAGUGGUUUUCCCGCUGAGUUACCACUCCAAGAUGCGCCACAGAGAUGCCGCGAUCGUGCUGGUCUACACGUGGGCGCACUCCAUGUCUUUCUCGACCGUAGCCGCCUGUCUGUCGUGGACGGGAUACCACGAACUUUACGCCUCUUGCACUCUCUGCAAUGCCAGGGCGAAUAACAGUCGGACUCAGUUCGUUGCUUUUACUGUGGUUUUUCAUUCCCUUACUUUUCUCAUGUCUCUGAUAGUACUGUGCGUUACUUACCUUAAAGUGCUCAAAGUGGCACGGUUCCACUGUAAGAGGAUAGAAGUUAUUACAAUGCAGACUUUAGUGCUACUUGUGGACAUUCACCCAAGUGUUCGGCAGCAGUGUCUAGAGGAACAGCGGCGGCGGCGGCAGAGAGCCACCAAGAAGAUCAGCACCUUCAUCGGCACCUUCGUGCUCUGCUUCGCUCCGUACGUCAUUACAAGGAUUCUGGAGCUGUUCCCGGCAGUGCCUAUCAACCCUCACUGGGGACUCCUGUCCAAGUGCUUGGCCUACAGCAAGGCCGCCUGCGACCCAUUCGCCUACUCCCUGCUCCGGCACCAGUACCGGAAGACCUGCGCCGACAUCGUCAACCGGAUGCUGAAGAGGAGCGCCCUGAACGCGUCGGGGCAGGGGAGGGGGAACCACGUGGUGCAGACGGUAGACUGAGGUCGACCUGCAAUGGGUAGGGGGGCGGUUUCGGAAUGACAGGAUGCUGAAGCGAGCGUGUCUCGGAGACAUGUGUACCAGGGUCUGCUGGAACAGGCCUGUGUAAUGGAUCAAGUACCGGCCCCCCCCCACCCCCUCGUUGCCUGCACCCUGCACCAU